GGAAAAAUCCAAUAAUCGAGUUGGAUCGAGUUGGGAAAAAAGAAAAUUUGGAAAAACCUGAAUAUAAAAAUGUCUCGGGUAUAAAUUGACAUAUCAAGCCAAAACUCCUUUCAGAAUCUAUGCAACCAUGAAGUUCAUCAUUGGUUUUGUUGUUUGUCUCAUUACUGUGAGUCAAGCUAAAAAGCCCUCGAGGUCAUUGUCCCUUUCUAAUAAAUAUGGAUCCUCUGGUAUGGUGAUGAGUGAUAAAUACAACCAUAUGAUGGGUGACAAGUACACUCUAGUGCCGGUGGUAACUAUGCCUAUGUCACAACCCCCAGUUCAGAUACCAAUGCCGAUGCCGAUGCCACCGUCAAAUGGAGGAUCAUGUAUAUGCCUACCUGGACCAGCUGGUCCACCUGGAGGGCAAGGACCAAAUGGCUUCAAGGGACCUAAGGGAGAAGAUGGUAAUCCAGGGCCAAAGGGUAUGGAUGGUCCACCCGGACCAGCUGGACAAAUGGGACAAGUAGGUUCUCCAGGAUCUCGAGGACCUAGUGGACCAGAAGGACAACCCGGACGUAUGGGAUUCGACGGACGACCAGGACCACCAGGUGCAAUGGGACCACCAGGUUCACCUGGACCAACCGGACCACCAGGACCACCUGGCCAAUAAGAAACAUGAUUAGUACAAUUAUUUUAACUGGAAAACUGAAUUUUAUACAAAAAAAAACUAAAUAAAAUAAAUUACGCAAUGAAGAAAACAAUUAA